AUGUCCCAAAUUUCACAGUUACCCCCACCGAAUCAACAGUUUCCGGCUGCAAGCAUGAUGGACGAUUCGUUUUCCGAUCUAGACGAAUCGUACCGUCCACCUCCGAUGCUUCGUGAUCAAACCAGUCCGAUUACGGAUUCCUUCGAAUCUCCUCUCGCUGCCGGGCCAUCCACUUCUGCUGGUCCCACCACCGAGACACGUGCAGAACGAAAUCGUCGCCUUGCGAUGGAACGGCUUGAGGCGAAACGACGGGCCUCAGGCAUAUCACAAACACCUGGUAUCAACGUGACCCCAGGUAACAGUGUGAUGCGGUUGACCACAGUUCAACACUGGCGAUGUUCUUAG